UCGUCCUUGUUGCAGUGGGUGCUUCAGCUUCUCGUAGAGAAAAGUGAUAAAAGUCGCAAUUUUCACCACCGUAUCGGUCCGAAAAUAGUUCCAUCGCGCGGUGCUCAGUACAGUACAGUGUGGAAAAUGUUUUCCGUGCGCCGGAAUUGGGUGGUAAUGUGAGCGAAAUCGGAAGAAAAAUAAAAUAGAACACAGAGAAGGGAGUCCUUCAGCAGCAGCAGCUGCUGUUUCCUGCUAGCACAGGCGACAAAGGAAAAAUCGAUAGGCUCUUCGGUUAGCACUCAGGGGGGGGUUUCUUGAAGACGAAAAAAAUAUCCUGUGGGUUAUUUUGCGACUUGACUGAAGUGUUUCGAAACGAUGGAAGUUAUCGCGCUGAAACUAGAAAAUCCGGAGGUGCUCCGGGGAGUUGGUAAUAACAAUAAUAAUAAUCCCGCGGGUAGUUGCGAUAAGAUUGAUGAUAAGCUGGUGGACGGGCCGAUAGCAGCGGCCAUGACGAGCAGUAUAGCGAGCAUUCUGGACGAUACGACUCCGAGCGAUUCCGGCGUGCAGUUGCUGGAUUCGGAGUCGAGUGGACUGAACGAAUCUAUGAUCUCCAGCGCGGGUGGAUUCGAGUUCGAGGCUACGAAUUUGCAAAACAACAACAACAACAACAAUGAAAAGGCGGAACUGGAGAGUCCGGUGAAGGAGGAGAUUGGUAGAUUUGUGGAAAUCGAUAUCCAGAAGAACGAUGGAGUCGUCGGAGGUGGGGCAGAAGUGGAACAAGCGCUGACCAGCAGUCAGAUUCCGGACGAGAUGAUUUCGAGCACUUGUUCGACGUUCGAUGCGGAGAAUAUUGUAUAUAGGAGAAGGGUGAAGAAGACAGCGUCAACUGCUAGCAAAACCCCGAAGAAGCGGGUUUCUUUCCACGAGGAUAUACUGAAGAACACUAAGACGGACAACAUUCACAUUGAGCAUGGAUUUAUCACGUACAAAACGGGUGCGAACAAGAAUAAGCAGCAUGUUGGUGUGAAGGGCCGGUACUCCUGGUGUUCGGAGUACGAUGACGAUGGGUUUGACUAUGGGGAUGAAGAGGCCGGAGAUAAUCGGCAGUAUGUGUACAGAAAUGCGUGCUCCGAAGUGCUGGAUUAUGGGAAAACAGUAGAUGUCUUCGAGAACAUCGAAGACCAGAAGAACUACGUCAAGUACGACAAUUCGGGCAUCUUCGAGUAUGGGCCACCGGAGAAGCGCGCCCAGUCAAAGCGCGGGGCUAAAGAUGGCAAUGAAUUCUACAAGUGCAGUUGCUCGGACUCGAACUCCAGCCUGGACUCGGGAAGCAGCAACGAAGGAGCUUCGAACUACAAACAGCAAGGCAAAUCCAACAGCUGCGAAUGCAUCGGCCAGAGCAACAAUAACAACAAUAUCAUUUCCGACAAUUGCUACUACAGUGAACCGAAUAUCGAACAUCUGGACGAGUUCAAUGGAAACAGUGUUGGAGGGGGAGGCGAGCGGAUCGUCAAGUCGGUUUGGAGCAAGGAGAAGAAACCGAAGAGCAGCUGCCUGAAGAAAACCAAACGGAACAUGAUGUACACAAACGUCGUCGUUCCGGAGUACGAUCUGACGAAGAAGGUCAAAAAAUUCAACGUCCAUCAUUUGUCCGUGAUCGACAAUAGUAAGAUGAUUUUCGGCUCGCUGAAAGACAUCUUCGGGAUUUCACUACCCGAACGUGGCGUCCCGGAAGGAUCGGAAGACCUCUCAACAGUUAAGGAGUGCAUUCCGGAAACCAAUGAUUCCAUGAUCGACGAUUUCACCGUAGUUCAGAAGCCGAAGAAUUUCCUCUCCAAGAGCCUGGACGGCGGUUUCGGUGGCAACAAGCUGAACGGUCAGAAGAAGUACGUUCACAACGUGGACGAGCAGCUGCGUCGGAAGAACGACGAAGAUUUAUACGCUCCCAGUCGGAAGAACAGCGUCGAAGAUGAAAAAGAAAAGCAGCAGCAGCAAGCCGUCCAAAACGAACCCGAAGAGUUGCCAUUGGACGCUGAGCUGGACGUUCAACCGGCGAAGGCUCCGUACCGCAACAAGUACAUCAUCAACGGGGAGAGUACGGUGUUUGAGCACACCGGCGUGUCCUAUUGCUAUGAGGACGCCGAGGGCAAACCAAUGAUCGGCGACGGUGAGGGUGCCGGUAACGAAGGAAGCACCCCUAAGGAGCUUCCCAUUGGGGAAUUGACGGGCGGUUCGUUCAUUGGCAAGACGCAAAUCAAGAAAAAGCUAUCGAACAUUUUCCAGAAAAUGAACGUGAUCGGCUCGAAUGCAUCGACGCCGUCGGCUGCAGUGGCUCCGCCUCCGUUAGCAAUAGCGCCCGCCCCUCGCAGCGGUGGGGAUGGAUUGGAAGUGGUUGAAGAUGUCCAGCAAACGGUGGGAUCGAGAAAGUCAUCCAGAGAUGAGCUGGAUGGCGUCGUGCUCGAAGACACGAAGAAAGCCGUGCAGCAGCAGACUCGAAUGGAGAGCAGUACCAUUUCAUCGUGUGGAAGCGACCACAGUUCGUCGAUGCAGUCGGACAGCAGGGAACAGCAGAAGGGAGCCAUCGUCCGCGAUCAACAGCCGUACAGCAGCAAUCUCAGCUCGCCACGAGGCUCCAUCGGCAAAAAUCGCCACCUGUCGUCUCCGUUGCGCAAAAAAUCUCUCACCACCCGACUGGAAUCGCGCGUCCGCAUGGGUCCGGACCUGUUCAAUCUCGGCGGAUGCCCGCCGGCUCGACAUCUGAACAUCGAUCGUCAGCUCAUGUCCGAAGAAUUCGACGACAUUCUCACCGUGACCACUACGGCCACCACCGACACCGACAAGGACAGCAACGAUAUCGUGAUUCUGGACUACCCCUCCAGCAGCAGCACGCCGAUUCCGCAGCCGGAUGUGGAAUUACUACCGGAAAAGGUUUCCUUUGUACCGCCUCUCGUCAGACGGUACAAUCCCAUGACCACAUCGGCCAGCUCGACGUCCACUUCGAAGAGUUCCCUCAUCAAUCGAUUCCUGCGGAAUGUGACUCAGAAAAAGAUCUUGGAGGCUACCAUCAAGCAGAACAGCUUCUUCCAAUCGAAGCUGAGCACGGAGAAGAAGCUUUUCGAUAAUCUAGUUCCGAAGGGGGUUAAAUUGUUAAAUCAUUCGUUGAUUGAAGAUCUGAAUGCGGAAAUUGCGAUGGAAAUUGAACUGAGUUCCUCGGCUUGCCAGCUGGAUCGCAUUCAGUUGAAUGAUUCACACGUGGCGGAUGGCGGCUAUGGGCUGACACUGGGGGAGAUCAAGUUCGACGGGGGUGGCGUUGGGAUUGGGGAAAUUCCAGUGGAGAUUUUCAACGGCAAUCGGUUGCACAUUUUCCGAAACGAGAACGAGGCGCUGAUGAAGGUUUUCAAGCUUUACAAUGGGUACAGCCGUGAGGGUUACAUGACACCUGUAUUGGUCUUUCUGACCGACAAGACGCUGUACGUGACGGACCAGGUUAGGAAUAGAUUAUGCAAUAAGUUUGUGCUUCCUUACUCGGAAUUGGAUGUGAUAUUGGUGGGACCGUACGGGAAUACGGUGCUGUUGAGCAAUUCGGCGCGAGAUAUGCAACAGGUUCUUCUGGCUGGUGGCCCCUACCCGGCGGAUGGAUUGGUUGCCAGCUUGGAGCUCUGUGCCCGGAGAGGUGGAUCGGUAUUGCCAGCGGUUGGACAGCUAACUUUGGACCAUCUGGCUCCGCUGCAGGCCUUUGUGAGGGAUAAUUCAAACGUCAGUAGAGAUGACAAGUGGAAGUACUACGCGGUGGUGAAUGUUCCUGCCGGGACACUGGGCAGCGAGGAAGAACCCCUGGGACCGCACAUAAAAGGUCCCUUGAUGCAUCGAAGAAUGUCGCAUGCUGGAUUCGUUGACCAGUGGGCCGCAGGGUACUUUUUACUGAAAGCCGGAGUUCUCUAUCUUUUUGCGGAUGCAACUCAGAAGCUACCCACUUGGGCCGUCACCUUGGCCGAGUGCCAAGGGGCUCGACGAUCGCUCAACUCAGGUCGACCGUAUUGCUUCGAGCUACUGCUGAGAACCGGAGCCUUGCAGCUGGCAGCUCCCGAUGAGUACGUAGCGUCCGAUUGGCUGCAGGCACUUGUGCAAGCUGCUAGUGGGAUUGCUUCUUCGAAACAGCUCUUCGAACUGCAGGAACGUCGGAAGACUCUGGGCUGUACGCUGAUCAUGACCUCGAAUCACCUGCUAACGCUCCGAGAAGACUUCAGUGCACCUCUGCGGAGAAACAACGUUUCAUCAAGCGCGAAUUCCAGCAUCAUGGUAUCCCCAGCCAAGGAAAACGUCAAUCCAAAUGCUCAACAACCGUCUAGUCAACAACAGAGAAAACUAAGCAAUUCCAACAUGCUGGACACUUGUAGCGAGAUAAGUUCAAUCCGUUCGACGGGAAGUACUCCGACCCGUUUCAACAGCGACCGCCGCUCAAAUUCAACCACCAGCACUCCGACCAAAAACGCCAUGUUGCUGCAGGGAGGUGGAACUAGUCACCAUAAUUCACCCACCCGAAGCAGCCAUCGGCGGCGAUCGUCGGUGGAAGGCAUGAUGCUGGGUGACGAACGAAGUCACACCAACAUGAGUAGCUUCUACGGCAAGAAUUCCGGCGUGGAGGUGCUGACCUGUGCGAGCAUUGACGAGAUGACGGCCGUCAAGAUUCCGGCAGUGUCGUCCAGCUGGUGGUGCAUUCUGGAAUUCGAGUGCCAGGAGGUGCGAGAGAACUCGGACGAUCUGGUGGUGUUCUUUUCCACUGGUUCAGAGCAGGAACGGUUCCUCUCGAUGUUGGAGUCGAUCUGGCUUACGAAAAAGGACGAUCCCUUCCCGGUAUCGAUCGUGACCAGCGAGGACGACCUGUACCAGCACUGUUCGAAACUGUUCCUCGAGAUCAACCGAUCCUGGGAACCACUGCUUUCGGCAGCCCUUGGCUAUCCUCAGUAAAAGGCAGCACCGUCUAUGAAUCCCAAGAAUGGUGAAUCGGUACGUAUGAAAUGUUCGUUUGUUAUUCUAUAUUUAACGCUUGUGAUCCCAUCCUUGGUUGUUGCUACAACGAACCAAUUGGUAGCCAUAUGCGCAAACAGUGACAGGUGAUAGUUAGGUAUUAUGAGUUAAUUUGGAAUUUUUGUUUAGCGCUUGAUUAGAAUUUCUUUUAUGUUUUGGGCUGGUACCAAAGAGGAAUAAGCGAAUAUGAAGUGAGGUUCGAUUUCAGGGUCUAUAGAAGGUUUUUUUUUUAAUUAUUUAGUUGAUUUAUAAAAUUUACGAAACAAAUAACAAUUCCCGCAGAAUGGAAUCAAAUUCGGUGCUCCCAUUGGCAUUUUCUUAGGUAAACAAAAAAGUUUAUUGUUUUGUCGCUGCUAGGUUUACUAAAAUCGUAUCCCAACUUUAUAUAUAGACAAUAUACCCGUAAGAAAGUUUACAUACAGCUAAUAUAUAAUCAAAAGUCGUAUAUAAAACAAUUUGAAGUAUUAUAGGAACACCUUUCCAAGCAAAACAAAGGAACUACUUAUAUACACUCACAUUUAGCAUGAAAUGAAAAAAAAAACUGCUUAGCUUUAUAUAUACUCAAUGUGCUGUAAUAGAAAUGGAAAACAUAAUGGAGCUUUUUACUGUACGCCUAUUUAUAACUAUAUUUUUCGGUGGGUUAUAACAAUUUACAUAUAAAUCCGUGCAACAUAUUUAUCGCGUUGUCACACAUACGCAUCCAUACAACAUUUGAUCAAUCCGACGUACACGCAAAAAUUAAACUACACACAGUUUCUCAAAUCUAAGCAGUCGCUUGUUUACACUGUAUGCAACAUUAGUUGAAUAACCAUCGGAUGACUAAUCUUCAUUAGUUGCUCCGUGAUCGAAUGAUUCAAUGAUGCUCACACAUAGGUACUGCUUUGUUAUUUGCAGUAAAUGACAGAUGUUUUUCGAAUAUUUUAAUCUGCGAUAGAGCGAGUUUCCUUUGAUAUUACUGUGUAGAUUUAUUCCAGUGUACCUCGGUCUUUCGACAUUGCAAAAAAAACUUUGAAGAUUCGCAUAUUGUUUAGGUUUAUUUUUGCGUGUACAAACAUCGUUUUCUGUUAAUUCGCUAUUGAUAACCAAAACAUCAAAUUCAAACUACCAGUUCUGGGAAAUGUCGAAUCGGAGGUUAUGGUCAUUCAAUUUUAUGCUAUAAAUUUGUUAUCCUAAAGUCCGAUCUGUGAACUCCAAUCCUAUCAAUCCAGAUGUUCCCAGAAAUGCGGAAAACUUAUAACAUAACCUCAAUAUUCAGUAACCAAUUGAUCUCUCUUUUUACCGUUGAAUUCUUUUUUGAUACAAAAUCUCUGCAUCGCACCCCGAACUGCUUGAAAUUCGCUACAAUUAACGUAAUAUUUACUCAAUUCGAUGUGCUUAGCUUGUAAGAGCUUGAUAUCAGCAUAAGCUUGACGAAAACAUCACCAAAAUACGAUUUCUAACAUGACAAAAAAUCGUCUAUAAAUACACUGAAACAAAGAACAGCUUCCGAACUCUAAUAAUCUCAAAGCAAAACAAACAAAACACAUCACAAAACGUAUGCGCAAAGUUGCAACUGCUUUUGCAGGUCUAUCAUACACAAACAGAAAUGCUCUGAAAAUCUCUUUCGAAUCUUACGCACGGAACUGUGACCAGCACCAAAAUCUCACUGAAUAAAAAAAAUAACUCCCUUUAAGAACCCGUACUAUCUAAGCAAAGAAAAACUCUAGUCAACAUCCAAUUGAAACGUAAAUUCAACCCGUUCAACGCUUUAUUCACAAUCGGAAAAGUUCGUUACUGACUUUAUGCAGGCGGUGUUUUUAUAAGUUCUAACCAGUCGAAUACGUACGAUAAUUUUAAGCCCACGGUGAAAUCUUGGUGUUAGGACGCGUCCCGUAAGUGAUUUCAACUGAUGAAGCAACCGAACGGAAUAUUAACAAAGCUCUUGAACAUGUUUUCUAUAACCCUAAAUAUGAUAAGCAUUGUAGCAAAAGUAAGCUCGGAAAGGUAGGAGGAAAAGUAGAAGAAGAUUGAUAAGCAAACGAAAUAACUAAAACUAGCAAAAGGUACAAUCCUCUACGCGUAUGAAAUGACUGACUGAUAUUUUUUCUGGAAGGAAGGACCCGUUUGUAAAGUACUUCUGAAGGAAAAUGAUGGUUUAUUAAAUUAGUGGUAAAGUGAAAGACACACACACACAAACACAAUAUACUCUCUCUUUGACUCGUACAACAAUAAGCAACAAACAACCCAGUUAUUCGUCAAAAAUUAGGGAUACUGAUUGAUUGAUUAAUGGUAAAAACUAAUUAACCAAACCAAUACAAAAAAAGAACAAGAACAAUAUCCAGCCAUAAACGAUCCGAUAGUUACCCACUUUCUCAAUGAUGAAGCAUAUAUCAACAACGUGAAGAAAAAGAAAACAAACUCAAUAAAGAUAUAAUGUUGAAGAAAUAAAGCAAA